AUGGGCCUGGGAGCGCGGCGCGCGCUGCUCGCGCUACUCCUGCUGCGGACCGUGGCCGCGCUCGGGCGGCCGCCGCGGUCCCAUUCUCUGCGCUACCUCUUCAUGGGUGCCUCGGUGCCGGACCUUGGGCUGCCCCUGUUUGAGGCCUUGGGCUAUGUGGACGACCAGCUAUUUGUGUCCUACAGUCACGAGAGUCGCCGUGCAGAGCCCCGCGCCCAGUGGGUCCGGGGUGGGGCCGCCAGCCAGCUGUGGCUGCAGCUGAGUCAGAGCCUGAAAGGGUGGGAUCACAUGUUCAUCGUCGACUUCUGGACCAUCAUGGACAAUCACAACCAUAGCAAGGAGUCCCACACCCUGCAAGUGAUCCUGGGUUGUGAGGCGCAAGAGGACAACAGCACCAGGGGGUUCUGGAAGUAUGGGUACGACGGGCAGAACCAUCUGGAAUUCUGCCCCGAGACGCUGGACUGGAGAGCAGCAGAGCCCAAGGCCCAGGCCACCAAGCUGGAGUGGGAAGUGAACAAGAUUCGGGCCAAACAGAACAGGGCCUACCUCGAGAGGGACUGCCCCGAGCAGCUGCAGCGCUUGCUGGAGCUGGGGAGAGGGGCCCUGGACCGGCAAGUGCCUCCUUUGGUGAAGGUGACUCAUCACGUGGCCUCGGCGGUGAGCACCCUACGGUGUCAGGCUCUGAACUUCUACCCCCAGAAUAUCACCAUGAAGUGGCUGAAGGACAGGCAGCCGCUGGAUGCCAAGGACGUUGAGCUGAAGGACGUUUUGCCCAACGGGGAUGGGACCUACCAGGGCUGCGUGGCGUUGGCCGUGCCCCCUGGGGAAGAGCGGAGAUACACCUGCCAGGUGGAGCACCCAGGCCUGGAUCAGCCCCUCACUGCCACCUGGGAAGCCCCGGUGCCUGGCACCCUGCUCACUGGAGUCAUCAGUGGGAUCGCUGUCUGCGUCAUCCUCUUUUUUAUUGGAAUUCUGUUCAGAAUCUUAAGGAAAAGGCAGGCUUCGAGAGGAGCCUUGGGGGACUACGUCUUGGCUGACUGA